UCAGUGAGGUCAAUGGGGUCAUUGGGAUCAAUGGGGUCAAUGGGGUCAUUGGGAUCAAUGGGAUGAAUGGGAUCAGUGGGGUCAUUGGGAUCAAUGGGGUCAAUGGGGUCAUUGGGAUCAAUGGUAUUCAGGGGGUCAUUGGGAUCAAUGGGGUCAAUGGGGUCAAUGAGGUCAAUGGGGUCAAUGAGGUCAAUGGGGUCAUUGGGAUCAAUGGGAUGAAUGAGAUCAAUGGGGUCAUUGGGAUCAAUGGGGUCAUUGGGAUCAAUGAGGUCAAUGGGGUCAUUGAGGUCAAUAGGAUCAAUGGGGUCUAUGGGAUGAAUGAGAUCAUUGGGAUCAAUGGGAUCAUUUGGAUCAAUGGGAUCCAAGAGGCCUCAGGGAAUGGGGAGCAGCGGGAUGAGGAUGAGGAGGAUGAGGAUGAGAGGAUGAACGCUCGCACGAGGUCCCAGGGGACCGGGAUGAGUUUUGGGAUGAGGAUGAUAAUGAGGAUGAGGAUGAUGGGAUGAAGGCUCACAC